UAUAAAAUUAUAUCUAAUUAAUAAUAUAUAAUUAUAUAUUCCUACAUACAAAUUGAAAAAUUAAUCUUGCAAGCUCUACCUGAGAAAUGUACUUGUAAUCUUCGAAGAGCUUCUGCAUUGUGACAUAAAUGUGAAUUAUUAUAAUAAAUUGCAAUAGUAUAUUUUCAUGUAUAUCAUUAUCUAAAAUAAUCGUUCAAUUUAUCUUGCUAAUAUAUUUUAUGUAUCAAGAAUUACCAAUACAAAUUCAAAAAUAAAAUUAAUGAGUGCAUGAUUUUUCAUAAAUACUACUCUAUAAGAUUGCAGUAGACCGUAACAUAUCAUCUGUCACUCAUUAACAUUAUUUAAUGACAUAUUCAGUUAGAUGCUCGCGAAAUAGUUGGGUCUCGUAACAAAUAUAACACCAUCUCGUAAUAACGGCGUAACAUCCUAUUUAUAUCGUUUUAUGUACACAUACAGAUCAUACGAUAGCAUUGGCCCAAAUUAUUGGAUUGAUAGGCAUAAGUUCGUCUCGGUUUUAAACAAAAAUUUUAAACCUAUUAUAUUUUGUCGAUAUACAUGUAAUCAGUGAUAUCAGCAAUCUCACGAGUUUUAUGACGAUCAGUUUCAAUCAAGGCUAAGAUUUCGUGACUAUCAACCUCUUCUUGAGCUAUUUUAAAGCUGAUUGAAACAAAUGAAGGAAGUGGGGAAUUAUCUUAAAGAUACAAUAACACUGAUAGUAUAUAACACUGUGUAAUAACACUGCUGUGAUAAUACAGUGACACUACAAUAAACCAGUCGCAUCGAUAUGCAGUUCUGCAGGCUAUUGUUUCUUGCACUUUUAUUAAAAGUCGUACGCAGCGAAGUGACCAGUUAUAUAGAUGACACAGUAUCACACUUUACACAUGAAAUAAACAAUUGGAUAAAAGUACAGGAAGAAUCUGAAGAAUUUCAACAGUUAAUCCAUAGUCUAGCUCUUCCGACCAGCUUGCAGCGUGAUGAGUGGCACACAUUUAUUGGUAAAGAAAGCAAAGAUAUUUGCAUAGUAUGCAAGUCUAUUCUAAAUAGUAUUAUAGAAUGUCGUAAGCAAGGCAUGUCAGCGGGAGACAUAAGAUGUAAAGUGAUUAAACUUUGUACGCAACUAAACUUGGCAACUGAGCGAGUCUGCGACGGCGUAAUAACUAUCAAUUUGCCAACAGUAAUACAUAUCGUAGACUCGAAACCGAAUUUAACAGCAACCGUAAUUUGUGGCGUUAUAUUGGAAUCAAAAUCUUGCCCGCUUAAUGACGAGGAGUUUAAUUGGACAGUCAACAUUGAUAACGGUCCCCCAAUACUGAUUGAUCCAGAAGACAGCAAUGAAAUCCUGAAUAUAGUGCAAAUACCGGAUAUUCAUUACGAUCCUAAUUACGAACCUUAUGGCAAUCCAUAUUGCGAUGAACCAACGUGUUGUCGUAAAGGCCAAAACGACACAAACACGAGCGGCGAGGUGGCGGGCUAUUGGGGAGAUUACAAUAAUUGCGACAAUCCGUGGCAUAACGUUGUGGAUGUCCUAGACCACAUUAGAGCUCAACAUCAAAAUAUUUCCUACGUGUACUUCACUGGCGACAUAGUGGACCAUGGUGCCUGGGAAAUUACCAUUGAGGGAAAUGUAAAAAGUCUGAGCAAGGUCUAUCUCCAAAUUCACGAAACAUUCAGAAAGAUUCCCGUGUAUCCCAUUUUGGGUAAUCACGAGACGUAUCCCGUAAAUCAAUUUGCACCUAAGACUGUUACUAAUAGUGAGAUAAACACGCAAUGGCUAUAUGAAAUGAUCGCUGAUUUAUGGAUCAGUUUUGGGUGGUUGCCAGAAUCUACGCGCUCUACCAUUCUACAGGGCGGAUAUUAUACGGUUUCGCCUAGGAAAGGAUUUAGAAUUAUAGCCUUGAACAGUAACGUGUGUUUUCGUUACAAUUGGUGGCUGUGGUAUGCACCGAAAGAUCCUUACGGCCAGUUGCAAUGGAUGGCGGAUACGCUUUCGCGAGCUGAAGAGGAUGGAGAGUUCGUGCACAUAUUAGCGCACAUUCCACCCGGUGAUAAAGAGUGUUUGAGCACGUGGAGAAGAGAAUAUAUCAAAGUUGUCAAACGAUUCAGCCACAUUAUCAGAGCGCAAUUCAACGGCCACACACACACCGAUGAACUGCAAUUGUAUUACGGCGGUGAUGAUAAUAGCAAGAUUAACAAUGUCGCUUGGAAUGGCGGUAGCAUAAAUACCAAUCAGAACUUAAAUUCCAACUACAAGCUGUAUACUGUCGACAACAAAAAUUAUGCGGUAAAAGAUUUCGAGACUUGGAUAUAUAAUUUAACUUUAGCGAAUGCUAAGCCUGACCAACGGCCAUCGUGGUACAAGUCUUACUCGUUUAAGAAGGAAUAUGGUAUUUCCGACUUGUCACACGAUUCGCUGCAGGCCUGGUUGUCUAGACUAGCGAACGAUAAAAGCCUGCUAAAUCGCUAUUACAGAAAUUAUUUUAAACGCGCCGACCCGGCACUGAGGAAAGAGUGCGACGUAAAGUGCAUGAGACCUUACAUGUGCCGUAUCAUUGUCAGCCUGGGAGAUCACAGAACUAAAUGCGAGAGUAAUGAUCAGUAUCUUAAUUGACUUUAUAUCUAAUAUACGUUGAAAUCUUUUUAAUUUCUUUUAGUUAUUUUUGUACAUUGAAGAUGAUCCAAAGUGGAUCGAAACGUUUGUAUUUCAUGUAUUUCACGUUUGAUUAUUAAAUGACGUCGAUUCGAUGUCGAUCGACGAAUCAUUUCUCACUGGAUAGUAGUUUAAUUUACGAUAUGUUUAUGUCUUAUGUCCGUGUCUACCAAUGUAGAUUAACUUUAAUCUCAGCUUAAAUUACUUCUUAUCUUUUUCUAAUUUUGAAAAUUGGGAAAAGAUAUAUAGUGAGUUGAGCCGAGAUCGAAGUUAAUUUGCAUUGGUAUAAAUAGACAUGUGUCUGUUAACGAUGACACUGUAUUUCAAUGUAACAUGUUAAAAUUGGAAUAAAUAUGCUUUUAUUAAGCUU